CUUUAAAAGCACACCAAACCCAACAUGAACUAAAGAAAAGAGAAAGAAAUAUUAAUCUCUUCUUCUUUUCUUUUACUCUUUCAUUCAAGCUCCAACCAAAUCAAAUCCAUGGCUUCCUUACUUUUCAAAGAGAUGAAAGGCCUCAACUUCUCAUGCACCUCACCAGCUUCCACAGCAGCCAUCUGUGCCACCAUAGAAGGCAGUUCUCUCAUCUCCUCCGGCACCGGCCGGGCCAUUGACCGUUACAACCCUCACCUCCGUGAUCCCCGGAGAACCAAACCACUUAAACCACCUGCACUACUUCCCCCUCAAAUACCACCCUCCUCCAAAACCAAGAAGAAGAAGAAGAAAACCAACAACAAGAGCUCUGAGAAAUCAAACAGUAGUAACUUUGUCACCAUUAACAACAACACAAGUGCUAGUCCUGGAAGUUCAACUCGUUUCCUUCUUAACAGUGAUGUAACUCUUUCUCAUGAUCAUGUCUUUGCUGAGCCUGAGUUUUUAUCAGUAUCAUCUCCAGAUAAAGAAGAUCAUGAACCAUCAUCAUCAUCUUCUUCUUCUUUAUCUUCUAUUGUUACUACUGUUACUAGUAGUACUAGUGCUGCUUCUUCUGUUACUGUUACUGUUACUGAUGCUGAUGCUGAUGCUAGUGGUGAUCAUGCUGUUGUUAAGCCAGAAAACCAGCAGGUGGUGGUGCUGAGGGUGUCUUUGCAUUGCAAGGGAUGUGAAGGCAAAGUCAGGAAGCACAUCUCUAAGAUGGAAGGAGUGAAGUCAUUUCUUAUAGAUUUUGCUGCGAAGAAGGUGACGGUGAUUGGAGAUGUGACGCCGUUGGGAGUUCUUAAUAGCAUCUCUAAGGUUAAGAGUGCUCAGUUCUGGCCUACUCCUGGGGAUUCUUCUUCAUAAUAAUACUCACAAAAAAGUAUUAAGUUUGAUAGUCAUGUACUUUAUUUAGUUGUAUUUAUAUUAGUAUUUGGAGUCAAUAUGUGAGAGAAAUGUACCAAUGUAUGUUCAAGGAUUUUUCCUUAUUAUUAUUUCUUACUAUUA